AUGGCACAACAACGGUACAAAUUGGGGGAUUACUGUGACGAGACAGGAGCUCCUCGUGCUGUCAAUAUUCAAGUAAAAUGCUGUACAUUUCGAGACAAUGAGACGUACAUUGGCUUUGUAGAGGAAAAAUUAACCUGUGAGUACGAGAUCAAUGUAUGCUCACCUGUGGUAUGCGGACUUAUGCAGCGUGAUCAGUUUGUAUUGACAGCACCGACUUCUAUGAAGGAAGACGAACGUAUUGCAUUAACCAAGACAGUGAAAGACAUGUUUUAUCACGCAUAUAAUGGCUACUUGACCCAUGCAUUUCCACUCGAUGACUUGCAACCACUUUCGUGUCGUGGUGGGGAGUUUGAACUGGGUCGGUUGCCUAUGUUGACGUUAAUUGAUACAUUGGACACUUUAGCUGUGAUGGAAGAUGCAACGGAAUUCCGAAGAGCAGUGGGACUUGUGGUGGCAAAUGCAAAUUACGAUCUGGAUACUGAAGUGUCAGUCUUUGAGACGACGAUCCGAGUAUUAGGUGGACUCUUGUCGGCGCAUCUCUUUGCCGUGAAUACCGACCUGAAGCUGUUUCCAGAAGGUGGAUAUGACGAUGCAUUGCUACGUCUCGCUGUGGACCUCGCCGAACGGCUCAUGCCGGCUUUUGACACUGUGACGGGAAUUCCGUAUGGCACAGUGAACCUGAAGCGCGGAGUGCUCGCGGGAGAAACACCUAUUGCCUCGACUGCUGGUGCUGGAUCGCUCUCACUUGAGUUCACAAUGCUAAGCGUCCUUACGGGAGACCCUAAAUAUGCUGCUGCAUCACGAGGAGCUGUACGUGCGCUUUUUCAGCGCCGCUCGAGAAUUGGAUUACUUGGAAAGCACAUAAAUACGAUGACAGGUGAGUGGACUGAGUUAUCGUCAGGUCCAGGCACAAAUUCGGAUAGCUUCUACGAGUAUCUUUUGAAGAUGUACGAGCUUUUUGGUGACCGCGAAUCGUUAGAGAUGUUUGCACAAGUUUACCCAUCUGUGCUAGCUCAUAACAAGCACGGUGACUGGUACACUGACGUAUUCAUGCAUACAGGUUGUCAUCAUCGUAGUGUAAGCUCAGCUAUCGUCUUCGAGAGUCUUGCAGCCUUUUGGCCUGGUAUGCAAGUUGCUGUUGGUGAUCUGAGCGCUGCCGUGGAAUCUAUGAACUCGUUUUAUCGUGUCUGGCGCGACUACGGAUUUCUGUCUGAGCAGUUCAAUGUGGAUGUUUGGAAACCCGUGAAGUCACAGGGUGGAGGUGGAGCUCGGUAUCCACUUCGCCCGGAGCUGAUUGAAUCGACAUUUUACAUGCACGAAGCCACCAACGACUCGUCGUGGCUUCGUGCUGGUGCGCAUGUGGUUUAUUCACUUCAGAAGUACGCCAAGACUCCUUGUGGGUACGCAAGCAUUGCCGACGUUGAGUCCAAGAAGCAGGAAGACUACAUGCCUUCUUUCUUUCUAUCCGAGACGUGCAAGUACCUUUACCUGCUUUUUAACACAACGCAUUUCUUUCGGCGAGGGAAUUAUGUGAUGACCACGGAGGCCCACCCACUGCCGAUUCUUCCGACGAAGCUCGUUAGGCCUAUUUUGCAAGCUACCGACGCAAAUGUGAACAGCAGUAAAGUAGCACACGACAACCGAUUUUCACCCGAACGAAUCAUGCGAUGUCAGUUACCCAAGUUUUACGAGUUCAUCAAUUACUCCGUUCAUUACGAAGGCAAGGCCGUGGCACAAACACCGCGUUGUUCUCCGCCUGCGCCAUCGCCUGCUUUACUUCAAAAGGCCAUCAGGCCGGCGAUCGAAAAGUUAGCUGUGACUGCUUUAGAUGGCGCAAAGUCGACAACGACAACGGACGUGAAAGUGAAAUUUGUGGGUAAAGAAAGUUUAGCUUCAGAUGUGCCGCAAGAGUGGAUACCUGCACUCGAAGGGCAACUGCAAAAAAUCGGCAGUAAAAAUGUCAACGGUCAGUUGCUCGAGCAGUUACUGGAAGGGAGUUACGGUGAGUCAACACACCGUCAUCAGCCUGCGAGUGAACAAGAAGAUCAAGGUCUUGUUGUGCAGUUCUUAGAUGGUGGUAGCCACCUUGGAGAAUUUCGGGUGGAGCAGUUACCAGGUCGAUUGCGCGUAACUCGAGAAGAGACGGGUGACUGGAUUGAUGCUUCAGGUAUUCUUGGCGACAGCCACAUGAUUAUAGGGGUGGGAUCAAACGAUGGCACAGAGAAUGAUGCUAGUGCUGAUUCGUAUACUUUUGAGGACCCAAAAAAAACACAGAUUGAGCAACGUGACGAUUAUCACCUGCCGUACCUAUCAUGGAAUUACGUGUAUAAGGUUGAUGAUGAUCUGUCCUUGCCUGUCGACCAGCGGUGCUCAUUGCAUGUUCAAGUGGACCCUAAACCUUACCCAGGAGAGCUGCAACACAAGAAUGCGAGGCCUCAUGUCGAUAGAGUUGUGAAAGGCAAGCACAGCGUAUGGCUGACUGUUCCUUGCGUUGGUGCUGGCUUUGGUGUGACAAACACUUUUCAAACAUCUCGUGCCUUUCCGCAUAUGGAACUCAUCGUCGCUGAUCCUGUUAAUGCGUGCAGUGAGGGGCCUAAUUUGCCUCAACACAGCGUCCGAGGGAAAAUUAUGCUCGUUCAAAGAGGCGACUGUGAUUUUGAAGCGAAAGCGCAAAAUGCAGCUACGUGGGGAGCCUUAGGUUUGAUUAUCGCUAACACUGAAGACGACGAUCUCGUGAUGGUUAUGGGUGGCACUGAUGAGAGCACUGAGAAUGCUACUGUUGAGGUGUUGGAUAUCCCUGUCGUGAUGGUGCCUCAGCGUCUUGGCGAGUGGUUGAAGACCCGGCUUGCUGAAGCGCAGAUGUUUUCCUUGUCUCCUGUAAAAGUAAGUAUUGAGCUUACCGUGAGACACCACACGCACAAUAUCGACAGCGCUCGAAGGUCAAGAGGAAUCGCGGACGGUGGGUCAUUUCCUAGGAUAGAUGGAACUGCGGGUAAUAUGAAGGUGUAUGGCCCGUCGUGGGGUAUGGACCUCGCCACCAUUGGUGUGAACAAGGGAAAGAGCCGAAGAGAAGACGAUGAGUACCGGCAAGAAAGUUUCAGCAUUGCUAUCAUUGCCACGCCACCAUGA